AUGGAUAAUUUUGGCUACAGUUUCCAGUGCGAGAGAGACUGGCCUUUGUUUGACCGGGUCACCGAAGCCUGCAGAAGCAUCCGGCAACCGUCCCUGGUGACCUCCGAAGAUACUGACCUCAGCGACGACCCCGAGAGGACCUUGCCCUCCCGCCACAAGCGGAGAGGAAGGAUCAACGUGCGCAGGUUCCACCAGACCCCCGCCAAGGGCCCGGCGGGUGAAUGGGGGGCCACGGGCGGGGAACUGGGGGAGCCGGCGUCCCGGAAUAGACCGGUGGUGCCCGCGUGGGGAAUCCCGUUCUCCCCAGAGAGCCAGUGUCCACUCUACCCCAGCGAGGAUGUCUGGUCUGGCAGUGAAGAGGAUUUGGAACUGGCCAUCGUAAAUCAGUUUCUCAUGGCCAGAGGUGAAGCCACGCCGAAGGAUGAUGAGCCCAGGGACCCGCAGGUGGUCUUGAUCUCUGGUACGCAGGUACAUCCUUCCAAAGGCCAGUGGCCCGUGGUCCCCACCACUGAAUCCAUGCGCUCCACGCGAAUGUCCAUAUCUGGGUGUCACCGUCCAUGCCAGUGUCAUGCGGCAGGUGCCAGUGUUGGACCCAGUGUUGGACCCAGUGCCGCCAUGGGGAUGGGGGGCUACAUUGGAGGUGACCUUCACAGUGACUACCAUUUACAGGGGGACAAGAGGGAGGUCUUUGGCCCUGGAUUUAAACGCACUCGAGACACACAAGGAUCUGGGGAUUGUGAGGACACUCCGCAGGAGUCGCGGGAAGGCACACGCGACCAAAGCCAGCCCAGUGAGGACGGCCAACACUCUGCCGAGCUCGUCGAGGGUCUUCAUCAAAGCACGUUGGGGGAGGAGGUGGUGACUCCGACCUUUGUCAGUGACUCAAACGGCGGCCGCUUUCCAAUAAGCAGCGAGCCAACAACAGGUGGAGGAGAAUCGACGCCUGAAGGUUUAGCGGAAGCGGGGAAAUGCGAGACAGAUUACUCCAUCACAGUCCCAGAGAUCUACGAGUAUUUCUACACAGACGGUGGCGAGCAGGCGGAUCGGAGCACUCUCUCCUUGCUCGUGCCCUCUGAGCCUGCAGAGCGCGGCCGUCGACAGCGCAGGGAGAUGAACUUCAUGAAAGCUCUCAAGAUCUUUGUAUCGAAGCACUUGCCGGCGUCGAGGCAAGCGCACUCGGCAGUAACGCCCGCUGGCACGUCCAACACCUCCGCCUUGGCAAAGCUCAAUGCCUACCCUGACCCCAGUCCGUCGGAUGGGGCACUGGUGAUGUACACACCAGCUGAUGGAAGCCAGACCAUGAUGGAAGGCUUUGUGCGCGAAGGGAGAGGAGGUCUGUGUCGCUCCUGCAUCCAGAACAACCUGUGUCUCUUCUGUUUUGCCUGUGCAUCGUGGGCCUUGAAAUCUGCAACUUCCAAUUCCGACAUGUGGAAAGCCGCGUUGCUGGUGAACCUCAGCACCAUUUUCACUGUGAGAUACUUCAGGAGACACGUACAGAGAGAAGACUCAAACAUCGUGGCCCUCCCGGAUACCCAGUGACAGUCCUGUGCCAAACGGUUACAUCAGUUUGCAGGUUUCUCUGUGAAAGUAUGAACCCAUGUAAAACAGGGGGGCACAUGUUUGACUGCGGUUUUGACUUUCGUGUAAUUAGAAGGCAGUGGAGAGGCAGCGGUAGAGUUGCUGUCUUACAACUCCAGAGUCCCGGGU